AUGCCUUGGAGGCAAAAGAUCUCCCUCCUCGUCGUUGUCUGUCUCGGUAUAUUAGUUAUAAUCUCAACGGGUGUUCGCCUUCAACAAAGCCUCUCAUUCAAUCUAUCGUCAGACUUGUCGUGGAAUGCCUCCAGCAUCACGACAUGGACCUCUAUUGAAAUCAACGUUGCAUUAUUUUGCAGUUCGGUCACUGCCAUCCGCCCGUUAAUCCGCCAGCUUAUGCCAGGCCUCAUGGCCUCCAUGUCGGGGACACACCGUUCAGGAAACCAUACAAAUGUUUAUGCAUCAGGCAUGAGCGCGCAAAAAUCUUACAGAGGACAGGGAAAUGGGUUUGAACUACAAAGUGCCACAGAUAUUGAGCUGCCUGUACAAGGAAACACAUCUAUCUGGAGCAAGAACGAGCCCUUGGAAGAUGAUGACUCGGGAAAAGCAGUUUUGGGGGAAGGUGGAAGCAUGGGAAGAGGUGAAAUACGGAAGACAGUCAGUGUAACGAUAACUGAUAGCAAAGCGAAGGAUAAUGUGAGUGGGCACAACAACAACUCAAGGUUUGAACCUCUGUAG